GCAAUAAGGAUCGUUUCAGUGGGAGUGUGCUUUGUGUGUCCUACAGGGAGGUUUUAUGAAAUGGGAUAAUGUAUUGACUCAACAGGAAACAGACUUCGGUUUAGAGUAGUACAUCGUCAGAGGACACGAACAAAACACUAGUCGGUGAUAUAAACGCAGAGAGGCUACUUCAUUGUGCUGUAGAAGUUUUGACAUGUUUCCGGCAGUGCGGCUCGUUUUCAGCAUACCCUCUUCUGUUUAUGUGCUAGAAUAAGAAGAAGUGUGAUUUCGUUUGAUACAUUUGCCUUGCGGGCUACAAAGGACACUGUUGAAUUUGACAAUGAAGGAGAAAACACCUGGUCGCGCUAAAAGCCGCUGGACUUCAACAGCAGCAACAGCUGGAAUAGUUCUGCUGAGUUUGUUUGCAUGGUCUUGUCACGCAGAUGAAGCGUCUUGUCACGGAGCUUACGACUUGUACUUUGUUCUUGAUAGGUCGGGAAGCGUUUCUAACGACUGGGGUGAGAUUUAUGCCUUUGUGAAGAAUCUGACAGAUCGAUUUGUGAGCCCCAGCAUGAGGGUCUCCUUUAUAGUGUUCUCGUCUUCAGCCAAAGUGAUGUUACCUCUCACUGGAGACAGGUAUGAAAUCCAGGAAGGUCUGGAGAGACUGAGAGAGGUGAAGCCUGCAGGGGAGACCUACAUGCACGAAGGGAUUAAAGAGGCAAACCUUCAAAUCAAAGCCCAAGCGACCAAGUCCUCCAGCAUCAUCGUGGCUUUGACGGACGGAAAGCUGGAGGUCUAUGUACAUGAACUAACAGUUGAAAUGGCCAACGAUGCAAGGUACUACGGUGCUCGGGUGUACUGUGUUGGUAUCAAGGACUUUGACGAGCAACAGCUAGCCGAGGUUGCUGACACCAAAGAUCAAGUGUUUCCUGUCAAAGAUGGCUUCCAUGCACUCAAAGGCAUUGUCAAUUCAAUAUUAAAGCAGUCCUGUACAGAGAUCCUGACAGUGGAGCCUUCCAGUGUCUGCGUGAACCAGUCGUUUGACAUCGUGCUUCGAGGGAACGGCUUCUCUGUGGGACGAGGCAACGGCGGGGUCGUCUGUAGCUUCAUGGUGGGCCAGCAGAUCUACAACAGGAAGCCAAGUGUUGUGCAGAACGAUUAUCUCCUGUGUCCUGCACCGGUGCUGUAUGAGGUCGGACAGUCAAUGGAUGUGCUGAUCAGUCUGAACCAUGGGAAAUCCUUCAUCUCUAGUGCCUUCACCAUCCACGCCUCAACAUGUUCGGACGGCGUCGCUGUAGCCAUCGUCUUCCUGGUGCUGUUGUUACUGGCAGCGUUGGUAACUGCUUGGUGGUUCUGGCCUCUCUGCUGCACCGUGGUCAUUAAACCCCCCCCUCCUCCUCCUGCUCCUUUGCGGCCUCCACCACCUGAGCCAGAGGAGGACGACCACCUGCCCAAGAAGAAGUGGGCGACUGUGGACGCCUCGUACUACGGAGGGAGAGGAGCAGGAGGGAUCAAACGCAUGGAGGUGCGUUGGGGAGAGAAGGGCUCUACAGAGGAAGGGGCAAGGCUGGAGAAGGCUAAGAAUGCUGUAGUGUCUGUUCCUGAGGAGGUGGAAGAGCCCAUGAUGGCCAAACGGCCCCCCAAACCCAAACCUACAUACCACCAGCGCCAGGAGUCCAAAUGGUACACCCCUAUAAAGGGUCGACUGGAUGCGCUGUGGGCAUUGCUUCGGCAACAGUACCACAGAGUUUCUCUCAUAAGACCGACCACUGCGGACAAGGGGAAAUGUAUUAAUUUCAGCCGACUGCAGAACCGUUAGAGGACAAAGAAUAUAAUCCACAAUGAUUACUGUUCUCUUGGUAAGGGCAAAAUAUUUUUGAAGAUCUAAAAAUCCCCCAAAAUCCAAAAACCACAAUCCAUUUUGCUUCACUCUAUAUUGUGCACAAAAUGGAGGACUCUUCUCCAUGAUAUCUCCUGUUUUCUCAAAAAUCAUACUCAUAAGAACAUUUACAUUUUUCCAUCCAUCAAUAACUGGGAAAUAUAAACUCAAUAUUUUUCCACUUGUCGUAUUUUUUAAAAAUGUGUAUUUUCUUUCACAAGAGGCCCAAGCGAAUAAAAGUACUGGACAAAAUGGCCGUUCGGAUCCAGAUUUUUAAAUUUUUUAAUUUUAUUUUUUUGCACCAAAGGAUUGACAUAUUUUGAGCAUAUUGUGCCUUCUGUGGAAAACCUUAUUUCAUGGGCACAGACGGAAGCUAUCUAAAAAAAAAAUAUUUAAACACAGCGAGCGAGAGAGAGAGCAAGACUGCCUUUAGCGUGGCAGUAUGAAUACUCCCAGCAGGCCUCAACACACAGUGCACCAGUCCAUCGCCUCUUGGCAACGUCUCGUCACAAAUCCUCUCCAACUCCUCUCCCUCCACUAUCGUUUGAAAGAUGCCCGGCGGGACCCCCUAUGAACGUAUAUCCUGUCAUUUUAACACUGAGAAGUGCACACGCAUGAUAAACUGUAGUCAGACAGGACGCCCUAAGGUAUUGGAAGCAGUAGCUAAGACAUUUACCCUUUAGUUUUGUGAAGACACCUUUCUUUCAUUAUGCACUGGGGACAAGGGGAGAGUUACUAGAGCGUUAUCCCACCGCGGGCCGGGCGGGACAGGACAGACCCUCUGACCAGACCAUCACAGCUCUCUUCUUCAGACUACGUUUAAGGGACAGGCUGCCUGAAGCCCCUGACAUGGUUCUUGGCUGUGUUCCCCUCGGUUUUGAUGCAAUCUGCUGUAUGGUCACUAAGGCGUACAACAUCACAACCCAAUAAACAUGACAGUCAGUCAGUUAAAGAGUUUUAAAAUAUAGAUACAGCUGUCUCCAAUGUCACUGCUCCCCUUACCCCUCUGUCUCCAAUGUCACUGCUACCCUUACCCCUCUGUCUCCAAUGUCACUGCUACCCUUACCCCUCUGUCUCCAAUGUCACUGCUACCCUUACCCCUCUGUCUCCAAUGUCACUGCUACCCUUACCCUCUGUCUCCAAUGUCACUG